AUGUUUCGUAUCCUCGUUUUGUUUUUGGUUUUUGCCGCCAUUGCUGUGUUUGUCGAUGGUCAGUUGACGUUCAGCUCUGGGUGGGGCAAUGGCAAAAGGUCCAUAAGUGUGGAGCCAUCGAAUGGUGACUGCAGCCCUGAAGAAGCAAUUUUUCAAAUUUACCAAUUGAUAGUGUCUGAAGGAGAAAGGAUAAGAACGUGUCAACGAAAUGGAAAGAUGUGA